CUAAUGUUGUCGAGUCGUACAAUUCAGCCUAAUUUACGACUUACGCAAUGAGGCUGAUUAACUGAAAUAACAAAUUGGUCCAAAAUAUCGGGAGCUAAACUAUCAUACAACAAAUGCAAAACUUUUCAUAUAUGCAACAAACGGCUUUGUCCACCAAUAAGUCUUAUGGGUCGAUUAUCGAUAUCAACCGAACUUCAGUUGAGUUGGCAGUUGCCAAAACGAUAUUAUAGAUGGCAUCUGGCAACUCUCAACCGUCAACUGAAGUUGUCACAAAGUGUGUAUACUUGCAACUGCACUUUUGUGGUUGCUGUGGAGGUUAGAAGAGCGUUUUUACAAGCGAAUAUUUAAAAAAAAGAUGGUGAAAAUAACUACAAAACAACAGUUUGAGAUUUUGGUGCAACAAAUGGAGCAAAAUCCUUCGAUUGCUCGUGGUGUACGCGCUUUUGGCGAGACAAAAGCAAAUACUGAACAUGUUUGGAAGGAAAUUUCUUCUAAAUUAAAUAGUUACGGACCGCCAACUCGUACAUCCGAAGAAUGGCAGAGGGUAUGGAUACAUUUUAAAGCCAAGUUAAAAAAGAAAAUGGCACAUAAUAGGAGGAAUAUAUCCAUCACCGGCGGCGGACCAUCUGAAGAAAUAAGUUUGUCCGCGCUGGAGCAGGCCGCAGCGGACUUUCUGCAAAUGGGCACUUCGGUCGAUCCGCCAGGUCGCACAUUCGGAGCGAUUUUACCCCAACAGCCUCAGGGCACUGAAAAUAUUGCCUACAUUGAGGAAAUUAAUACAAUUUUAGAGGUAGAGACUGAGCAACCACAGCAAGAAACGGUGACGCCUCUUGUAGCAGUACAACUACCCAGGAGAAAGAGGGCGCAAGAUAUCAGAUUAGACCUCCUCCAGCAACAAACAGGAACCCAGGGUGAGGUUGUUAAUAAGUUGGACAAAAUUGAAAGAAAGCUGUCCAGAAGAAAUGAUCUCUUAAAAGAUAUACGGGAUUUGAAGAGGGAAAAAUUAAAAAUAUUUAAGGAAGCGCAUGAAUUGAAAAAAAAGAACAUCAGAUGCUUGUUGAAGAGCAGCAUUUGAACAAGAAAAUUAAACAAAAAAAAACUGGAGCUCUUAGAAAAACAGAUCUCCAAUUUAAGUUGAGGCUUUUUACCUUUAUUUAAACCAAUAUUUUUUACUAUUAAGAUCAGUUGAAUGAACUGCUAUUUUUUUUUAGUUUUA